GCGGUUCCCCGCGCCUUAGGCGGGCCGACGGCCGGCGCGGGGAUGUCGAGGAGCUCGAAGGUGGUCCUGAGCCUCUCGGUGCUGCUGACGGCAGCCACGGUGGUCGGCGUGCACCUGAAGCAGCGGCAGGACCAGCAGAGGCUUCGUGACGGAGUGAUCCGAGACAUCGAGAGGCAAAAUCGGAAAAAAGAAAACAUUCGUCUUUUGGGAGAACAGAUUAUUUUGACUGAGCAACUUGAAGCAGAAAGAGAGAAGAUUUUACUGGAAAAAGGCUCUCAGAAAACGUGAUUUGAAA